AUGCUCGUGCUGGAGGCGCUGGAGCUGCCGGAGCUGGUGGUGCUACUGGUGCUAGAGGUGCUGGAGGUACUGGAGGUGCUGGAGCUGCUGGUCCUAGAGGUGCUCGUGCUGGAGUUUCUGGAGUUGCCGGAGCUGGUGGUGCUGCUGGUGCUGGAGGUGCUGGAGCUGUUGGUCCUGGAGGUGCUUGUGCUGGAGGUACUCGAGCUGCUGGAGCUGGUGGUGCUGCUGGUGCUGGAGGUGCUGGAGGUACUGGAGAUGCUGGAGCUGGUGGUGCUGCUGGUGUUGGAGGUGCUAGAGGUACUGGAGGUGCUGGAGCUGAUAGUCCUAGAGGUGCUCGUGCUGGAGGUACUGGAGCUGCCAGAGCUAGUGGUGCUGCUGCUGCUGGAGGUGCUGGAGCUGCUGGUCCUGGAGGUACUGGAGCUGCUAGAGCUCGUGGUGCUGCUGGUGCUGGACGUGCUGGAGGUACUGGAGAUGCUGGAGCUGGUGGUGCUGGAGGCGCUGGAGCUGGAGACCCUGGAGCUGGAGACCCUGGAGCUGGGGGUGCUAAAGCUGUCGGUGCUGGUUCUGGAGGCACUGCACAGCCGCGACUACGGUCCGGACCCUCAAUUUGACAUAUUUCGUGCAGCCAGUCCUACUAUCACACGUCUUCUAGCCACUGUUGCUACCGACCCUUCGUUUGAGUCCACUGCUGCGUCUCCCCUAGCUUCUGAUCUUGUCGACUUGCCUGCUAGCUGUCGUCUCGACUACGCCUCUAGUCUUGUUGCUGAGUCUGAGUCUGUCUGUCCUCCGUCCGUCAGGGGUGAGUGUGCUCUUAUCAUGGACGACCUUGAGGAAAGGCAGGAGGACUUUGAGUGUCUUGCGGCUGUUGUACCUCAUCUCAUGUCCAUGCUGCUUGCACCUGAGGGAGACCCGGAUGCUCCAGACAUCCCGACCCCGCACUCUUACACAGAGGCGAUUACGGGUCCCUACUCCUCUCAGUGGAAGACAGCCAUGGACGCAGAGAUGGCAUCCUGGAAGUCCAAAGGCACAUACGUCGACGUAGUUCCCCCUCCUGGGGCGAACAUAGUCGAUGGCAUGUGGAAUUUUAGGGUGAAGCGGCCGCCUGGUUCUCCGCCUGUCUUCAAGGCUCGUUACGUUGCUAGAGGCUUUAGUCAGCAACAUGGAGUUGACUUCUUCCAGACCUUCUUCCCUACCCCAAAGAUGACCACUCUUCGGGUGCUGCUGCACGUUGCCGCUCAGCGUGACUACGAUCUUCACUCUCUUGACUUCAGCACAGCUUUCUUACAGGGCAGCCUGCACGAGGAGAUCUGGCUACGCUGCCCAUCUGGCUUUACUGGGUCGUUUCCUGCAGGUACCCAGUGGAGCCUCCGGCGGCCAGUCUACGAUCUUCGCCAGGCACCUCGUGAGUGGCACGACACACUGAGGACGACACUUGAGGCUCUUGGGUUUGCUCCUUCUACUGCUGACCCGUCGUUGUUUCUGCGCACCGACACUUCGAUGCCGCCGUUCUACAUCCUCGUGUACGUCGACGACUCGGUUUUUGCCACUGCUGAUACAGAGCCACUGACUCUAAUGAAGUCGGAGCUGUAG